AGGUCGUUAUAGGCGACCGGCUCCAACCUCUGAGGUGCGAGAGCGUCUUUCUCAGGUACGUCGGUUGGAUGGAAAGUAUAGGAAUGCAUCCUUCCUUAUCAAUGAUGACAAUUUACGAUUGGUCGAUCUACUUGAACCACACCAGUCAUUAGAUCAUCUAUCGCCGCCUCCAGAGUUUGACUACAUUCCUUUUUCUGAGGUUCGAGAGUCUAUACGUGAAAGGCGAUCAGAAGAGGUUUUUGUUGUUUGGGACGAGCCUGAGUCAGUUCACUUUGAAGCUUCAUCUGCUUGCUCUUCCCCAAGCAGUCUUUGUUCUAGGUUGCCCAACUGUUCAGAGUUUGACUUAUCGUAAGUGCCUCUCCCUUCUGAAACUUUUAGUGACGUGGGAGGUCUUGGUCAAUCCCCUAGAAAUGAGGAACUAUUCCUCCCUCAUUGGUUAAAUGAAUACUUUCCAGAGGAAACUUGUACUGACAAUCCUUUUGGUAUAUCAUUUUUUCUUGACCGCAUUAUGACAUAUAUAUCCUUUGCAUCUUAUCUGACCAUUUCUCUUUUGGUAGGAGACAUGAAUGCUCGAGCAUUGUUCGAUAGCCGUGAGGUUGUAGGAGCAAGGGCUAAUAGGAGGAGGAAACAGUUAGCGAAUAAGAAUAAAAGGGCCCUUGCAGAGUCUUCUUCUAUUCGUUCAGGCCAGAGUCGGCCUCCAGUUGGGGUUACACCGCUAGCCCCUGUAGCGACAGCUAGUGUGGUUACCAUGAUCCGGUCCUCAUCUCCUAUAUUACCUUCUCGUGUUCAAAUGGUGGUACCUAGAUUUCAAGAGGUCAUCCAGAGUGACCAGAUACGGACAAAAUGUUCUUUCUUCGAAGUUUGCAUCCCCAACGAGAUCGUUCUCCAUUCUAUUUCCAACACUAUUCAUACAAUGAUCACCUUGACCAACCUAUCCGAAUCUAUCGAGCAGUUGAAGAAGGAUACGGAAGAUACAUGUCGUGCUUUCAUGUCUGAGAUAAACAUUGUUCAUGGUGAGAGAAACAGUUGUAAGACUGAGCUCGAGCAACUCAAAAGUUCUUCUGGUACUGAGAUCAAUCAACUAAAGGCCGAGAUUGAUCGUCUUCAGAAGUCUCAUGUUGUUGAGGUUGAGCAACUUAAAGUUGAUGCGGAAGCUGAUCCUCUUCAAGCCCUUGAAGAAGAGGGAGAAAUCCUAAAUAACAUGUUUUUCAGGUCUAGAAACACAACCACAGUAUUGAUUUAACAUUUCUGAAUGGCAAAGAGAAGUCCCUACUAGAGGCUUGCAAACAGAGACUUGUUGGUGAAGAAAACUGCUCUGUUUGUACCUCCUUAGCACAGUCGGGGAAUGGUGAUGUUUUAAGGCCUGAAGAUCUCACUACCCACACUUCUGUUGACCCCUUAGCUGCCUCGGGAGACCAGACCCUUGAGCCAGAGUCCUGAUAGCUUAGUUUCUAGCGCGCCUUAUGUUGGAGUAUUUUGUACUUGCACACUCUUAAUUCUGUGUUUUCUUUUCUUUUUUUUUUAGUCUGUACUUGCAUGCUGUGGAUGCCAAAAAUCCACCAAGGAAAAAAGGCCCAGCCCCUUAUUGAAGUAAACGGCUAAGGGGCACCAAAGGCGUCAAGUACACGAUAGAGGCAGAUGGUUAUUACAUGCCACUAAGAGGCCACACAUUUGCAAGGCCCCGGGCCUCACGAAGUCAUUCUGUGCAGUGAAUAUGGGAAAAUCGUUAAAGAAGCAAGGCACCCAAGAAGAGGGCCUCGCGUAGUGCCUCGCAUAGAGAGGCACCAGCCACCUACAGGCACAAGGGAGUGCAUCUCCUUCGGACUCCUCACGCGAAGAUGCUUAGGCAGGCGCAUAGGCACGCCACCUCCCUCGGACUCGGCCAAAGGCCUCGCAUAGCGAGGCCCAAUCCUCAUGCGCAGGUUUGAGGCCUAGCGAUACCCUUGUUCCUUCACACGGCAUGUGGAUGUUGGGAAUUGUGCCCUGAAAGCAUAUGUAGUAGACAUUGUUUUAUGAAAUAAAUAAAUAAAUUGAAUUUGU